GAGUACGGCUGCUGAGGGAAGCGAGAAAACAACAAUCGACCGACAUCAUAUCUUUAGGCUACGUCCCGACUGYUGUGCCGUAUUUAGUGCCUUCACAACAUCAUAAUCUCCUAAAGAGUGUCUGUUCACAGACUCUUCAAAGAAGAUAAAGAAGGAAAGAUGAGAUUUUUCAGAGCCUCGUUAGUAACAGCUCUGGCCUUGGCCUCACUGGAGACUACGACCGCCUUCACUCCUAGACAUGGUGUUCUAAAACAAUCGUCGUCGGCCUUUAUCGGUCGGUCAACGCCAACCUUGGUGGAGAGGCGACAAGACAGGUCUAGCCCUCAGCUUAGUAUGAUGUUUGAUCAACUCUCGAACGCCAUUUCGACUGUUGUCAAAGAUUUUGGUAAACAACGCAUAACGGAAGAGAGCAUCAAACCAGCCCUUCGAAGCGUUCGUAGAGCACUUUUGGACGCCGAUGUGAACAUUGACGUGGCUGAUGCUUUAAUCGAUGGGGUAAAAAAACGCAGCCUAGGAGAAACUGUGAUCGAAGGUGUCUCGGCCGACCAGCAGUUUAUCAAGGCCAUGUACGACGAGCUCGUAGAUAUGAUGGGAGGCGAUUCCGCCGCAAAAUCGGAUACUUCUGCCAUGGGCCCAGCAGCACUAGCCCCCCCCGCGUCAACGUUGGCUCUUGGGUCACCAGGAGAUCCAGCUGUUGUCCUGUUGGCAGGAUUGCAAGGUGCGGGUAAAACCACAGCUGCAGGAAAGCUGGCCUUGUACCUUAAAGAACGAGAGGUCGACUACAGYGUCAAUCUAGAUGAGAUUGAAGAAGAAAAUCGUACYGCUGCACGACUUCCAAAACGAAAYCGUAAGGUUCUUCUAGCAGCUGCUGAUGUCUACCGUCCCGCGGCAAUUACCCAACUUGAGAUCCUUGGGAAGAGUGUGGAUGUCGAAGUAUUCUCGAUGGGAACGGAAGCCGACCCUGUCGACAUUGCUCAAAAAGCCCUCGCCAAGGCAAAGGCAGAGGGAUUCGAUACAUUGAUUGUCGAUACAGCAGGUCGUCAGAUUAUUGAUGAUGAUUUGAUGGUUGAGCUCAAAAAUAUUCAGGAGACUGUGAAACCCGACGAAACACUUUUGGUGGUGGAUGCGAUGACCGGUCAAGAGGCUGCCUCGUUGACUGCAGCCUUUGACUCUGCUGUUGGAUUGACAGGAGCCAUCCUUACAAAGAUGGACGGAGAUAGUCGCGGAGGUGCUGCUGUGAGUGUACGUGGCGUUAGCGGGAAACCAAUUAAAUUUGUUGGAACGGGAGAAAGAACACCGGAUCUGGAGCCUUUUUAUCCAGACAGAAUGGCGUCCCGAAUUCUGGGAAUGGGUGAUGUGCUAAGUAUUGUCGAGAAAGCGCAAGAAGAAAUGACUGAUAAAGAAGCCAAACUCAUGGAAGAAAAAGUAAAGAAUGCCGAGUUUGAUUUCGAUGAUUUCCUGAAGCAAGCAAAAAUGGUGUCCAAAAUGGGAAGUCUUGGAGGGGUUGCCAAAAUGAUGCCAGGAAUGGGAAGCGUAAGCCAGGAACAGCUCAUCGCCGCAGAGAAGAGACUCAAGAAGAAUGAGGCCAUGAUUGCCGUCAUGACGGAAGAAGAACGCAAGAAUCCCGAUCUUCUUAUCAAAGAUAGCAAGUCACGCGAGCGCCUGCAGCGUAUCGCUAAGUUUUCUGAAAUGGACAUUAAGGAUGUACGACAAUUUAUGAGCGAGUUUCAAAAAAUGCGAACGAUGAUGAGCCGAAUGAGCAAGGCCAACGAUAAGAUGAACCCUGCCAUGGCAGGUGGAGGUGACGGACCCAUGCCCGGAAACAGAGCCGCUCGAAGAGCUGCAAAGAAGCAGAAGAAGGGAGGAAGAGGUGGCGGUGGCGGCUUUGGAUAGAUAUGAGAAGCCGUUAGCUUCUAUUAAAUUUCAAUUUUAGAU